CAUAUGCCAAGCCCCGAGCCCAGUGGACAAGUGACGUCAAAUGACCACAAAUAUACAGCUAAAUCAAACAACACAAUUAAGCAGGACCAAACAGACCAAUUAACAAUUUGGAAAUGAAAAGCACAUUUCUAGCGACGAAAGUGCCUACAGAGGCUCCUCGAAAGUUCCUUAUUCUUCCGGCCCAGUAAGAUAUUCAUAAUCUUCAGGGAAUCUAGCUUGCGUGAGCUGUUACACCAAGGCAUUGUCACGUUUUUGAGGAGUUUUAGGCCAAGAAAAGAAUGGUAAGACGUAAAAUUUUGGUUGCACGUUAGGUUAGACACAGGCCGCCUCAAUAGGCGUACACGUGUGGGUACAAAAGCAAAUGAACAGGCAUGAGCUGUAGAAUUUUUCAGACUUUUGAUUCCGCUGACGACACCCUAUGGUGUGACCAUUCACUUUCAUCUAGCUCGAAUCCUAUUGGUACCUUUCUCCUCGCGUGUGUGCUCGUUUUCGCGCGCAUCACUUAUCCUGCGCCCCAAAUUCCUAAACAUCUUUCCCGUAGGCUUCACUUUCAUCUACCACAAUUUAUUUUUGUGUUGUGUGUUGUUCUAGUUGAAUCUGUCGACGAAUCCUGUGGAGUAACCAUUGAAAUAAAUCCUCCUUGACAGCUCUCUCACAAGGUAGCAUCUGUCCUUCAGAAUUAUACUAUAUGAAGCUUCCGAUUUAUUUUUACUGCAGGCCACACGCAAACACACGGGUCAUCAGUACUCCCUUUAACCCCUUUUAAGCCCUUCUAACUGUUCUAAAAGCGUAAACCAGUCACAAUUGGACACUGACCAUUUUCAGUGUCCAUAGAAGCCAAAACACGAAGAGACAACCUGCCGGAUCUGCUACAAAAAAAUAUAUUUCUUUGAUUUUACGUGAACAUCAGUGAAGCGAAAAAGUAUUGUUACUCUGAGUGAUAGACAUACUGUAAUUAGUACGGAUGUAAUUCUUUCCUGAUAUACGUUAAUAAUAUCGAUUUUUUUUUUUUUUUCAUCCUUUACUUCUUACAGUUGCUUCCGUAAGAGGACACUUUCCAUAUUUAUGAGCCCACAGGUAGGCCUGAUUCCGAAGGUGUCCGCUUACUGGACAUUAGCCUGACACUUCACGUUAGACUUCGUGAUCAUGGCAGACGGUUAUAAGCCCAGUGACUCGAGCAGUUCUACGUAGUCCGCUUCUUUGAAAUGAGUCUCUAACUGGUAGAAGUUAAAAACGUCGCUGUUUCAGAUGAAUUACCAGUUACUUUUUAGGACAAAAUUUUCUAACUUGAGCAUCAGCUUCCCAGUGCUGUUGGCGCAGGCUUUCUUUGGAUCAGUUUCUGAUCUCCUCACUAAAAUUCCGCUCCAGUCAGUGUCUCUGUUGCCCUGAUUGACACAUGUCAGCCAUCUUUUCGAUGAGCAACAGAAUUCUGCCGGUUCCAGCUAAUACUUUGUCAGAUACAGAAAAAUACAGAUCAUUGCCAGAACCUCACUUUAGUGGCUUUUGUGGUGGAUGACCGCUUAAGAAGAUAUUUAUUGAACAGAGUGAGGAUGCAGGAAAUCUUGUCAGUUUCUAAGAAGUUGGCCUCAAAUCAGGGUUCGUCAAACUUAAAAAAAGGCAUGAUGCCAUUAAGCAAACGCUGAAAACGGAAGUGCUAAAUGACAUCCGGUGUUUAAUAACCUCGUAUACUUGCAUUAUUUGGUGUGGAGAGUGUCGACAGCAUUGAUCUUUCAAAGAUUUCGCUAUUUCCUUUCCGGUCCUAGCGUUUUAUUCAAUAGGAAUAGAGCAGAGUGAUCUCGGGAAUAUAUACAGGGAUAUACAUGCAUUCCACGCGAGUGCGUCAAAGACGCAGUGUGACUUGGAGAUAGGCACGAAUCCAGAUUGAAGUUAUUUUUAACGCAGCGUUUUAAUUGGGCGUCGGGUUUCAGGAGAAGUGGGUGUUAAGGCAUGAAACAGUCUUCUAUCAUUUGUCAUUUAAUCAAUUAAAAACGAGUAGCUUAGUUGAUUAGUUGAGGAAUGCGAUAACUUUUCGCACCUAAGCCGCACAAUUUUUCGACUGUCUUCACGUGAACCAAAAAAAACACCAGUCGGAUAUUCUCAUUACAGGCGACGUAAAAAGGGGAUUGUCAAAAAAAUCAGUCUUGAACGCCCAAGACACUUUAAAAAGGGCCUAUCCCAUUAAAUGCAUCAUCAGUUGAAGUUUCGUUGAAUCCUCUCCAUAGGCAAUUGUCUGAAGAUACAGAGGGUGUUGAGAGAAUCCGGUCAUUGAAAGAAGAAGCCUAAAGCAAAAGUCGAUUCCUCUGCCUGCAAUAAUUUGAGGAAUUCGACUUCAAGUUGUGGAGAUACGGCAAGCCUUGGAACUUAACCCAAAUUUUCAUCUGUGGAAAAUGCUAUUUCAGACUCACAAUAUGCCUCGCAUGCUGUUUUCAUUGACGUUUUUCUUUGCAUUUUAUCUCUGCGUGGUUCACGCUGGCGAUGAUGACUACGACCCUUGCAAGGCGGGUAAGUUUCCCAAUCUUAAUUACCUCCAACCACGGCAUAUUUUGUCUUCGUACACCAUUAUUUAACCCCCUUCGUUUGCGAGCCUGUGGCAAAUCCUUAGUAAUUCAGAGGAGCAAUUUGGUAAUUGAUCGUUAUAGAAGUUCGCAGAAAAAAUAUCUGGAAAAUGUCAGACAAAUUAUGAACAAUAAUUGCAUAAUGGUUUUAAGACUAUUUUGUGUUCUACACGGUCUUAACACUACUCUAAUUGUAAUGGACCGUUUCCUUGCAAAGCCAUUGCAGCUCUGUUCGAAGCAGAUUAAUCUCAUUGAAAAGAUGUUAUCUCCCUCUUUGUAAUGAUACGGGUCGUUAAUACUCCAUCGUCAUUCCUUCUAAAGACGGCAUUGUCCAAGGAGAUAUAGCAGUAUCAGCCGAUGAGCUACUUCGCCACAGACCUAAAAGGGCCGCAACUGCUUACAAUAAGAGGCUAUGGCGAGACGGAGUGGUCCCGUUUACAAUCGACCAAUCCUAUACAGGUUAGUGUAGUAAAAUUUAUUGUUCUGUUGUUUUUAACCUUUCUGUCCAAAUAAUGUUACAGAAGCAAAAUCCCAUUGACAAGUAAGCUUAUUUUCCAAGUGAAUUUCGAUUUUCAUACUACUGUAGCUUUCUAACGUUAUUAUCUACGGACCUCAGUUAUCUUCAACUUGCAUGGUUCAAUGUUUGUUUCAUUUUUUUUCUUGUAAACAAUCGAAACUUGAAGCCUGCAUUUCUUCGCACAGAUCAACAGAAAUCAGUUGAUCGUAAUUUUAUUAUCAUUAAAAAAUGCGCUCUCAUCACCUUCGCGACAUUUUCAGCUUUUCAUUAUCAAAUAUAUAUCAACGAGCGCAUGAUCGUGCCGACGCACUGGAGGAUAACUUAGUAUCAAACCUGGGUAAACGGUUCUCAGCAGUGCUGAAAAAUUCUUCCGUUAUCAAAUUGCUUGUGUCGAUCAGAUAGCAGAUGGAAAUUUUUGUUUUGCUGAAAACAUAAUUAAUAGUUUAACUUUGAUAACAGAGUAGUAUAUCGAUUACAUGGCACGUUUUAUGGCACAUGUACUCAUAUUUUAAAAGCAUUUUCACGCUUCUUGGCCAUUUCAAGGGUUUUCAUUGUCAUGCCGGAUUAAACACGCACAUCUUUUUUGUUUAUUUAAAUUGAGUACUCUACCUAAUCAACUAUUACAGAGGUGAAGCCCUGUAACUAGAACGUAAACAACAAAUGUCGUUGAUUUCAGUCAUUUAGUGUGAAGGUCUAUUUGAAUGUGUCAUUUUUCCCACCUUUACCCUUAAAAUCAAACACAGAAACACCAAAGAAAACAGAAUUCGAUGCCAUUAACAGAAGGUUCCAAACACAAUUUUAACCAUUUCCUUUAGUUUAUUCCUGUUACUCGACAUUCAUUGGCUCAGCUGGAUUUGUCCUUUCGUAUGCUGAGGAAGGGAGGGGGGAAUUCGUCAAGAGAAUUCCACUACUAAUUAUAACUGUCCAGCCAUCUGUUUCUAAAUAAUAUGAACGGAAGUAAUGGAGUCAUAGUGAAAUCUCUCCAGCUUACUUUAUUUUCAAACCGACCGGUUUGGUCCACCACUUCAGGCUUUAGGAAGCGCCCUAAGGGUGAUAUUGCGACAUUGAACGUGCAGGAUGUGGUAUUUUUUCGUUGGGUCGAUUUUUUCGGAGUUGCACUUGCGGUAAUUGCCUAUUCUUCUCUUCGGUAUUGCGAUGUUCCGGACCCCUCAAUAUUCUCUCAAUACUCGCGCUGAACACGAGAUAUCAGAAACUCAAAAAAUAUUUUGUGAAAUCGUUUGUUAAAAGGUUUUAGCAAGGAAGUGGUAAAAGUGAAACCCGAAACAAUUUUGACUUAGCCCUCACGUAAUUUUUUUUAGGCUUUUUAAUUAGGUUUGACACCUUCAGAAACACUUCAUUUUUCUCCAUUUCCUAGAAGGCUUUUAAAAGGAGGAAUUUAGAAAGUGUUCCGUGAAAGAAUUUUUAAAUUUGAUAAUUUCUUUUAAAUUGAUCUAAACAAAUUUUAUUGGCUGUUGAUCACUGUGGCGCGUGCAUAUAAAGAGUUAUAAAUAUUUAUGGUUACAAAAAUGGAUUGACCUUGGUUCACCUAAACUAAAAAAAAGACGGAAUACCAAACUCGGUAAAAAGGAAAUAUUGCUUGCAGUUGUGCUUAUUUGAAAUCCGGUCUUUUUUUGAGGAAGAGAAAAAACAAAUGGUCCGCUGUUUUUGAGGAAAAUGAUGACCCGAUAAAAGAGGGGUAUCCGCAUUUGCUGCUUCCAGUUCAUUGGAUAUUGAUAUCAUAGCCGUUCAAUACAACAUCGCGAAGCUGAAAUCACGAAUGAGGCCAAAUGUUUACAAUAAAAACAGCAUUUUUGUUUCUUUUCGUAGGGAUAAACAUAGUAAUCUGAACUUCAUCGGAUUUUAGACUGAUAAGCUUCUUAUUCAGGUCUUUAUUGAGCUGCCCUUAAGUUAUGCAAUUAUUCAUAGUCCAGUGUCCUCUUCCCUUUCUUGGGGGUGGCCUGUCUUCUUCUCUGUCUUCUUCUUCUUCUUCUUCUUCUUCUUCUUCUUCUUCUUCUUCUUCUUCUUCUUCUUCUUCUUCUUCUUCUUCUUAUUUUACUUCUUCUUCUUCUUUACCUCCUCCUCCUGCUCUUUCGUUGAACGAAACAGCUGUCUAUGGCUGUAGCCCUGAGGCCCCGUCGAUGUCUUGCCAAAUAUGAAAUUCAUAUAUUCGUUAUUUCAUCAUCAUCCUUUCCCGGGUAUAUUACGAACCAAAAUGAUGACCAUCUCCCAGUUAGCUUGCUAGCUCAGUUGGUUAGAGCGCUGCGCCGGUACCACAGCGCGAGGUCAGGAUUCGAAAAGGCCCAGCAAGCUAAAAUUUCUUUCUGCAACAGCAUAAGUUGGGUCUCUAACUGUGAUCAUCUUCUUUACAUUUAUUAACCUAAUUGUCGGCCUCGUUUCCUAUUCGUCAUUCUUUUAGAAUGAUAAGAACCCGUGUAGAAUCCUAGUAUACAUACAGCAUUUUCAUUUGUGGUCUUUUGAUUACAUUGCUGUCAGUUUCAUAUGUCUAACGGCCGCCACAUUCUUCUGUGCUUGACAGCACGCCCGAGCUGGGCCAAUUCGCCUAAAGAACUGAAAUUCAUCAUGGAAACAAAAAUUAUAAGCACUGGGUGAAUAGUCGAAACUGCUUCACUUUGGUGUAAUUUACAGUACGUGUGGUUUUGUUUCGCGCCCAUUUGGUUGGGAAUUCCUUGCAUGCAGUGUGUCAGUCUUCUUCCGUAAACGUUAUGGCAAAGACGCAUAUUUGACUAGUCAAGGGCUCGCAAGGCCGUUCAUGAACCCUGCCCCUUUUUAUCGUAAAGUUCUGCUUUAAUUGGUUCAAUUCGGUGCUGCGUUAACACUCAAGCUAGUGGCCUGAAGAAGACUUUAUUACUCUGUUAUUUCUAUCGAUAGAGAACGAACUCCUAAAACAGACUUUGGUGAGAUUUAUGGCCUGAAAACAUUAAAUGAAGGGACGAAUCUGGGAACACUUGAAUGCCUGGCAUUUCCACAUAUUUUGGAGGGUGAACGGUAUGACUUGCCAAGAAAGACAUAGAAAGCCUCUGAUCGAGAUUUUUCGAACGCCCUCCCUAAUCCUACAAUCUUAUAGGUUAGUUGCAAACUAAUUGUCCGUUAAAUUUUUUGCCCGACCUUUUUAUCGAGUGGUGGUCUGCUAAAAACCGUUUUAGACUCCUUUAAAGCUAAUGACUUAAGCAGUGAAGAGACGGGACGCUAUUUGCUCGCUUCCGACGGAAACGUGAAGAAAUUUCUCCUGUACACGUGACUUCCGCAGGUCUACUUACUUGCUGUAUAAUUGACUACUGAUUAAUUUCGGACAAGGUUAACUUCACCCCACCUCUUGCGAAAAGGCGGGCUAUGCCCCUGCUAAACCAUUAUAGUUCCUUAUUCUUUGUUUGACGAAAUUCAUUUUAAAAGUUUCCUUAGUUAAAUACGAUGAGAGAUACUGAGUACUUAAAAAUACCGUGACUUAGACCUAGUAACUGAACCUCCAAAGUGUAAUUAUAAGAGGGUUAGUGUAGCAUGCUGGGCUACUGAAACAACUAGAUUCCUUUUCCAGCCUGCUCUAUAAAUAUGCCUUCUUAACAGCGGUCAUAAUAAACAAUGUCUUAUUAGGAUUGGCCAAAUUGAAAAAAAGAAUUUUGCUGUUUAACACUUGCUUAACUCACAUUAAAUUUCAGACAAUUUAGAUGUUCAAAAGUAAAAAUGGCAGCUGUAGUAAACAUUUUUUAAAAAACUUUGGCAAUACUGUAUAUAACGAAGGUUCGAGAUCUCACUUGUUCCCUCUUAUUGGCCUUUUAGGCGUUGCUGUUGCCAUCUCAUCUUCUUACUCCUAACAGUCUCCUAGGCAUCGUUUAAUAAAGACAUAAUGUUUUUCUCUUGUGGUCCUGACCUCAUCGCAGAAACUUAAGUUACAAAAUAAGCGACGAAAAGAAUAAAAUUUUCUCUUGGCUACACAGCAAUCUACAAGCAUUGAACCUUCUAAUUCGUCCUCACAUUUGAGGGCCAAGGUCAUUGUAACAACGCGUUCGUGGCAUUUCCUGGGGCACUUUUCUUUCACAUGUAAAAAUCAACUCUAGCCCGACUGCAAGGAAAAAACUGGAAGAAGAAAAUAACAAUGAAACUUCAAGCUGAACAAGCAAUUAUUUCUUUCUAUGUAUACCUCCAAGGAAAAGCUAUUUAUUUUUAAGGAGUUUACUUAUGAUGUUGCAGUAGCCUUUUGACCAUAUCAAUUUAUUCUUUAUCACUGAUAUUAAUUAAGAUUGGCUCCAUCCAGCGCUCCGUUCUCGAAACAUCGGAUGAAAUAAACCGUACUCAUUAUCUAAGGUAGCGUUAACUUCGGCUUUCCUCCUUCAAUAAUUUCCUGAUUAUCUAUUUAACAACAAGUCAAUUACUAAAACAAAUAAAACUAAUCCUAAGAGGAAUUUCCUAUGUACAUGUAUCUAAAAGACUGUUUAUUUAAAUACGAUUUAAAUCCCAAAUAUUCAAGGCUAGACUGAUUAGCCGGUUUGCUUGGGAUUAAAAGGUUUACUGAUUAUAGAUUUGACUAAAUACAGGGGACGGGCGGAUCUAGGGGGAGGAUUCAGGGGGUGCGCAACCGCCCCCUUCCCCACCCCACCUCUAAGAAGUUUGUAAUUUUAUUUAUUUGGAAAUAGUUGAUAUACUUUUUAUUGUAUAAGACUCCAGACAAAUAAAACAUGUAUGUAUGUAUGUAUGUAUUUAUGUAUGAUGAUUGAUGACCUGCGGCUUUCUUAUGCAACUGUUAUUCUGCAAAAAAAAUCUUUGUGGUUUAUUGGUGUUGAAGUAAAAAAUGAGACGAAGUUGAUACUGAGUUGAUAUGUUGAUAUGUAUUCUCAGCAGUUCACAUUAUUUUAUUGCCAAGUCAAAAGCCUCCUUCUUCGUAUUCGCUUUUAAAAUUUGUUUACGUCACCAGUCGGUUACGCCAUUCCUUUAUGGGCAUCCCCCCAACAAAAAUCCUGAACUAACCAACCUAUAUUUUUUCAAAGGGGCUGUGAUCACGGCUAGCUACAAUAGUUCAUUUGGCCAAUGACCUGUCCUUAUUCGCUAUGAAACUUGAAAAAUUGCUUCUGAAUUACAAAACCACAGCUUCGUGUCAAGCAAAUAUGUCUUCCAAGGCAUCAUUUCAAACGUUUCAAACAACAAAAUUGAACCUUGAAAAACUGUUAGGCUAACACGUUUUCAAAAACCACAAUUGUAAUCCAUUUCAAUCUUCUUCAAGUUUGUUCAUCCGUGUCUCUUUUUGUACUUUUAAAUUCUUCUAAGAUUUUCAGUAUUUUUUAUGUUUCACUCAAUUUGGUGACAGUUCUCAUUGGUUUCUCUUUUUUUAAAUCAUAAUUUUGAUAAAUUCGUGAAACAGCUCCUUUAAGCUAUUGACGGAAAAUAGCGAUCCGGCCUUGCCAGACCCUUGCCAGUUUUCUUAGCUGGAGCUAUAAAGACUGAUCAAGGCCAAAAAACCCUCUAGGUAGAAUUCGUUUUUUUACUGUACAGUGAAUUUUGACACCCUUUAACUUUAUUUGUUAAGUUAAGGCCCGGUUCAGACGCCGACUUUUCAUGAGCAGAACCUAAUUCGAAUUAAGGCCGACCCAAAUUAUUUAGACCGGCUGAACUGAACCAAGUUAAAAGGCGGAAAUGCUCAUUUCGAUCAAACUGCUUACAAAAUAGGUUAUAAUAAUUUAUGCAUUAGGUUCGGUACAUGAAAAGUUCGGCGUCUGAAUCAAAGCCGUUCCAAAGUCGCUCCCAAAGCGAAAUUCCCGGCCGGGCUAGGCGAAAAGAACGGCUGAGCAGUUCCAAAUUAAAACAGGCGUUCCUAAUUGAUUGAGACGCCGAACUUUUCAUGAACUUAAUUCAACGUAUUAGGUUCGGCUCAUGAAAAUUUCGGCGUCUGAAUCGGGCCUAAGUCACAGUUAAUUAAGAAGAUAUCGCGCCAAACAGAGUCUUGAUGCCUUAGGUUACUUCCCGGGGGUUACUUAAACAAAAGAAGCAAGAAUAUCUCAAAGAUGAAAGUCAUCUAUUUUGAAUUAAUUCUUUUAGAGCCGAAAUGCUAUAAAAAGGUGUUUUUUUUUCCUUAAAACUGCUUUAAGUUGGAUUUUUGGAUUAGUAUUUCAAAGUACUUAAUCCAAUAUUCAAGCCUAUAAACUCGAGCUCCUUUUCAUCGACUUUAAUGCCGUCUGCAAUGUAACGGUAUUUCAAAGGUAUAUAUCGUCUCGACAUCGUCUGAUCAUUUUUAACCGAGCUCUCUCAGAAUCCGCUUACAGUAUUUAAAACAUCUUAAAUCAACACUUAACAUUCUUCCAGCAGAACCGUUGGCGACGAAGCCGCGCGUGUAGCUCCAUUAUUAUUGCGGCUAUACAGUCUAACUGAAAAACAACAAUGGAAUGAAGUCAGUCUAUGGAAAACGCGCGAUAAAUCCUGCUACCUAACUCUAUAUCAACAAAGUUAGUGUCCCUUUUUUAAGAGAUGCGUGGUUGGCAAUAACAGAAAGGUUAACGGAAUCAUGUUUACGGCAAACGGCACUCGUCAAAUUCAAUUCGAUGAUUAUUGAAAACAGAUAGAUACGUAUUUAUUAUUAUUAAAUAUUGUUAUGCGGUCGUAUUUUAUAUUGUACCAAAAAAACCCGAUGAGUUUUUUACGGUGUUAAAAUAAAGAUUUAAGAUUCGAGAUUUAAAGAUUUGAGGAAAUGAACAGAUAAAAACUGUACAGACCGAUUAUUAUGGUGAAACUGGCGUGAAACUACUAUUUUUUUUCGCAAAGAGAUAAUUAACAGUAAACGCGCGAUGGGUAAAGGGUCACGUGGUACAAAUUGGCGUUCGCAGUAAACGCGAUUCUAAUUGUUUCUAAUGGAGACUAACUAAAUUAAAUAACGUGUAGAGGGCCAACCUUGCAUCAUAAGAUAUAUAUAACUCAUUAUGACUAUGCAGGAAUCCAGAACUUACUACACGUAUACCUAAUUCAUCUGUUAGGCCAGUGGCCCAUAACUGGCUCGGCGUUUGAACCCGACAUGCGCAGUUUCCUGAGUCAGAAGAGGCUGUACUGGUAAAGAGUUUUGUAAACAAAAUGCCGUCAAACCCCUAUAAAAUGAAACUCCAGUAUACUCCAGUAUUGUUCGGCUUCAAUAAUGCCAACAUGUAUGGGACUGGAGCCUGCAAUAGCUUAGCCUGUACAAGGGUGUUUCUAGGGCCUUAAGGCUGGUUUGGGGAGCGUGAUCGAAGCGCUGAAACAUGCGAGAGGAGGGAAAAGAGAAAAAUAACUAGUAGGUUUUUUCUUUAGCUGUGAUCCAUGCAGGCUAGUAAUAACGUUUUCACGUUAUAACGAACGUUAUUCCAGUAGGGACUCAGGUAUUUUCGAGAUAUUUAAGACUGGUAUCAGUUGGGAUAUUCGUAACAGUUUUCCUGUUCUUUCCUCUUGAACUAGUCGGUUAUGUAAUUGGUAUUUUAAGGCUGCUUUAAAUCCAGUUAAGCUUAUCCUCCUAAUUUGUUUGUAAUCUGCGCUUACCGACAAGCUAUCGUCAAUGAUUGAGAAGAAUUUGGCGGCAUUUUAUUUUUGUCUCGUCAAAUUCUUUCACGAAGAUUAAUUAUCCGUGAUGACGUAUUGCAUUCACAAAGGAUAUCAUUUGCUGGGCUUUUGAUGUGUUUAACUUUCAAUUUCCGCAAUGGUAUACUGUUCGUAGACAAAAUAAAUUCAUUCCUUUCUCGUGGAAUCCAGUGAGGAAAAUCGUUUUUUGUAUAAGCUACAGCUUUUAUCAAAAUAACAUUGUUGCAGCGAUCCCUUGGCAGAUAACUCCACUCAUAAAUUGUUUCGGGGACUGAGCUGAAGCUAAGGUCAGCUUUCACUUCGUUUUAGUGCCACGGAAUUCCACUGAUAAACUAUAUGUUCAACACUUGCAUGGCCGAAAUAAAUGGCAUUACAGGAAAGAUCGGAAGCACAAAAACUUGGCAUAUAGGUUAUUUUCUACCUGGAAUUCGCUCCCCCUACAUGGCGUUAUUUUUUUCCAAAAUUUUUUUUUGUUUCAACCUUUGUUUUUAUAAGGGCGUGAUCAAGCUCACAUUGACCUUGCAAUUCUAAAAGCUUUGUAUCUUUCCUCGUAGCUAAUAAAAGCAUGUUUAAGAACUUUCCUGGCCCGCGCGUGCAAAUGAGUGCACAUGAUUGAAACUCACCCCACGUAUGUCUGUAAUUUGUAUGUUUAAUCAAAUGGUGACGAGUGAAAAAGACUCAGGAAAUUAUCAGAAUUUGCACAAAACGUGAGUGAAAUUAUUUCCCAAUAAAAAGGAGAAACCAGCAUUGUACACAAGGGUUUGUGUUUUUACAUGUGGUUUUUUUCGAAGAACGCACACUCUCAUUGGUUACUUCGAGGUCACAUGACAUCUAUCAAUGAAACUGUUUCAGCCUAAAUCUCCGAGCGGGGCAACAUUGCAAAAUCCAUGACGUCAGAGGAUACCGCGAAUGUUGGCCGGUGACCGCCGUUACAGCGAGGUUUCAGUAACGAAUUUCCAGCUUCAAAAUUUCGAACUAUAUAUAUAACAAAACACUUAACGACUGGUCCCUCGUAGACUGCGAGUAGCCUCUCUUUUUCAUCAGAUUUAGUAAGGGGAGUGCACGCGCGCGAGCGUUUAGCGGUGAAGCCGCGAGACGCGAGAAACGAGGGCGGCAGCCCGAGAAGAAAAAAUAGAGUAUCUCUUUUAUUGUGCCUCUCCCGUCUCGCGCCUUCAGUCACGCGCGUGAUCAUUUUUAAGUCUCGGGCGUUUUGGUCGACGGACCAAGAAAAAAGAGAGGCUGCUCUUAGUCUAGGUCCCUCGAGAAACAGUUAAUUUUUGUUUCUCUCGAAUGUCGAUGUUUCCCGAGGCGGAGCCAAGGGUAACGUUGAGACUCUAAUUUUUCUCAAAAACGUUAAGUGAUAAGCGUUUUUACUUUUCAGGUGACCAGAAAGCCACUCUUAUUCAGGCAAUGCGCCACUGGGAAAACUUUACAUGUUUAUCAUUUAUUGAACGAACAACAGAGAAGGACUAUGUCUUUUUUCACAAAGGUCGCUGCGGGUGAGUAAUGGGAUAGUCAGAGUAUACAGUCUUGGAAAGUGCAACACAGAUUGAAAACCGUAAACUGAAGCUUAACAGCGCCCCUGCCCCUCCCCUCCCAACUUAUAAGCCCUCCAAGUUAUAGCCCAUCUACCUGUAGCCUGUGUACAGAAACCCUUCCCUCCUCCCCUCAGGAAAAACCCCUUCCCCGAUUUUUUCUUAAGGGGAGGGGGGGGUCUGUACAGAGGCUAAUCUACUUGUAAACCAAAAAAUACAUCCGAUUAUAAGCCCCCUCGUAUUAAUUGAAGCCCCGCUUAUUUAUGAAGUUUUGAAGCUUAAUCAAAAAACAAGUAAAUGCAAAACGUAUUUUGAUCAUCGCUGCUAUAGUUUGUUUCAAAGCGCUUUUUCCAUUCCGGUUAUAAGCCCUCCUAGUGAAACCUCUUAUGAAGAUGUAUAAGCUGCAGUUUCCAGUAUAACUCUUUAAGAUCAUUUAUGCAUUGAAUUUGAUCAAUGUCCACCCAAUUUCUUCAAUUUCCUGACAUGGUAAACGUCAUAUAUUAUUCUCACUGGCGGAGAAACACGCACAAAAGUCUAAAUAAGCAUCAAUGCACUUCCUGCCAUUCUCAGCGUUGCCCCGGAGAAUACAAGGCCACACCCACAGAUCAUGUUCCUCCUUUUAAAGGGCAGCCUCAGGUUGAUUAUUUAAGUUUAGGUCUCGGCACCUUCGAAAGCAGUUCUCGCCCCACCCUCCUCACCGCUGCAAUAGGGCAUACCUCAUAUUCUCUCCUGGUGUACAGACUCGCAAAGCCUCGGGCCGAUUCUCCUAUAUCUUAUGCACUUAGACUCAUUUAGCUUUGUGAGCGGGUGUUCCGCGUGAGAAUAUAUUGCAAACACCAUCAAUUUAUUUCGUAAACAGGUGUUGCUCGUAUGUUGGACGGAAGGGAAAUGGACGUCAGGGAAUUUCCAUAGGGAAGAACUGUGACAAAUUUGGAAUCGUAAUUCAUGAGAUUGGUCACACAGUUGGCUUCUGGCACGAACAUACGCGACCUGACAGAGGACAAUAUGUCACUAUUAUCAGGGACAACAUUAAGAAAGGUGAUCUCUUUGUUGGUCACUUUGAUCCUCUUCAAAACUACCUUUGAUUUUUCUUUUUUGUAUAUCUAGCCACUAGAAUGCUGUUUUCAGAGUCAUUUUUGAGACACAAAAACGUGCUAUGGAUUUCCAUGUUCUCGUGUUUUUCUUUUCCACGCUAUAUGCAUUGAUUUACUAGGCAACUGUUCGCCAAACCCGAAAUUCUUCAGACGACUUUGCUUGCUUUAUUGCCACGUUUUUUUUUAACAAAAAGACGAUUACCAAUCGGCUUGAAAACGAGCUCUCCAGGCAAAAUACCGAGCCAGGGUUCAUGUCAAAAGCAUCAAGAGAGAAGAAAUCGUUAUGUCCCAUUACCAUGCUAGCAAAAUUUCACAACAAUACACACAAUAAGGAGCUUAAGCAACGACGACGGCGUUGUCAACGAGAACGGCAGAAAAGCAUUAGGUUUACAUGUAUAUUAACAAAACAACAACUUUACACGUGCAGCAAGCUUUUUUGUACAUUUCUUAGCCGUCGUUGCACGACUUCGACAUGAAACUUCCUAAUUUUUACCCGCCCGCGGUAUGGAGUAGGUAAAUACAACACGAAAAUUUUCCUCUUUUUUUUCUAAACUUAGAUACGGUCCUUUCGUAUUCAAUCCCAGAACAUUUCACCAACAUUUGACAGAUUGGAUUAAAAUGAAUAAGAUCGAUGAAGUUUGAAACAGUGCGAAAUCACUUUUAAAGUAACGUUUGCGGUUUGUUGUCAUCCAGAAAUUUUGCUACCAUGGUAACGUGACGUAACGACUUCUCCUCUCUAUUGGCUCGUAAAUUAUCUACUGUUAGGAACACUUACUAUGAAUACUUCUUCGGAUAUAUACAGCUAGAAAGUACUGUAUCCCUUGGGAAACAAAAGAGUUGAUCAAACCAAAUCGACAAACAAAUUGAGAUCGUACACCCUCUUUUGGAGAAGAUUUUAGAUAACAAGUGCUGUAAUUGCAAACACUGGCUAAAUCGGAUACCAAAUCUGUUGCUUAAGUUACCACUAUAAAAUUUACAUUAGACGUGUCCUUCAGUGCUAUUAAGCUGAUUUAGCAACACAACGAGAACGUCAGUUGACGACGGCGCGCGCAAAUCAGACAACUGGUUUGACCAAUAGCAGAGCAGCAAGUUGGGCACCGGAAGUCGCGUUCAGUCCUUUCCGCGCGCUAUCCCGUCGUCAUCUGACGUUCUCGUUGUGUUGCUAAAUCUGUUGCUAAAUUUUGUUUGCGGCAAAUGAUUCUUACAAGUCAGCUUGUUUCUGCCUGACUUUUUCAAAAGAUCUUUAAUUUCCUUGUUUGCUUGUUAGGCGAGGAACACAACUUCCUUCAACUGAGUUCAACAGAAAUCAACUCGAGAAACGAGCCUUAUGAUUAUGGAUCCAUCAUGCACUACGGGAAGAGUACGUUUGCAAAAGAAGUCAAUAAAGUCACUAUUUUACCCAAAAGUGAUCCAAGAACAUCAUUUAUUCCUGACAUUGGACAAAGAGACCGUCUUAGUGCAGGCGACAUUAGACAGAUAUCUAAGAUGUACCGCUGUACAGGUAGGAAAAUGUUCUCAAAAGUCUCGCCUUAACCCUUUAAACCCUAAGAUCAAAAUGAGAAUUCUCCUUUGUUGCCUCUAUUCAUUUCCUACAGAAGUAGUGGGGAGAAGUUGAAAAAAAAUCAAACAGAUUUAUCUUGUGUGAUCAUGUCCGUCAUUCUCAUGACCACUCUGUUUUACAAAGCAUUGAUAUUACAAGGAGAAAUUUGAUGCUGAUCACUCUUAGGGCUUAAAGGGUUAAACCACUGUCACAUAGAGUCACAGUUAUUCAAUACUGUUCCAAAGCUGUAUGUUUUUCCGUUUAAUUGUAAUUUAUUGUCACAUCAAUUCCGGAAUAAACCUUAUUGACUUCGUUUCAUAGUAGCCUCAAUUCGAAUCACGUAACGGUAAUCAAGGGAGAAAAGUUUAAUCUCUCAAAACGGAUACCUCUUCCGCUAGUUCAAGACGGAAAGAAAUACAUUUAUCGAAGAACCUCGCGAGGCUCAGCGGGGGAUAAAUAGAGUAAAUUGGGUAAAUGGGCCACACCCUUUUCUUUGACCCCUAAUAAGGCAAAUACUUUUCUUAGACAGACAUUUAAGUGCCACAAAAGGUCAUAUUCAUUUUCAAUUGUCUUUAUCGACAGAAAUCUUCCAGCCAAGAAUGUCACGUGAUCUACAAAGAGCAAUAAGCUUUUAGAGCCAAUGAGGUCAAUUAUCAUACCAUAUCUUUUUCUGGCUAGUGUCACUUGUCACGCAUAUUUAUUACUUUUAUCUUCAGAAUGUGGAAGAACACUCCAUGAGCACUCUGGUACAUUUACAUCGCCUGGUUUUCCUAACAGUGGAAAGUAUAAAUUCUGCGAUUGGCGUAUUUCUGUGACACCAGGCCAGCGUAUAUCUCUGAAUUUUACCGCAUUUGGUCUCAAGCGAUCUGCUAAAUGCAAAGAUGAAUACGUGGAGGUAAGAGACGGUCAUUCAAGAACGGCACCUCUGAUUGGCAAGUUCUGUGGGAAAAAAGAUCCACCUCCUUUAAUGUCUACAGGAAGCAGACUGUGGAUAAGAUAUUCUUCUGGUGAUGCUGAGACUAGGCAAGGUUUCAAAGCAAGUUAUAAAGGUACGUCAUGUAAGAAUCACAGGCAAUUCGCCAAUUAAGGAACGAGAACGAAAACUGGGCUUAGUUAACUUUCUUUUUUAGUACAAUGAAUGCAGAUCGGCGAAUUUGGCGAUUUUCGAACCAAAACGGCUAGGCAGCAAGAAAUUUUUAAGUUAUUCUGUUGGGAUUUAUUUGCGUCAUGAACAAAGCCCACCGCUUUUUCUUUUUAGGAAUUUCUGAUGAAAUAAAUAAAUGAAAUGAUAUGAGUGGAGAGAAAAACACAGAAAAAAUUGAAUUCUAGAUUGGAAUUGAGCCCACGACCUUCCGGACACCAGUCGGGUGCUCUAACCACUGAACUACUGAGAACUAAGUGGUGAGCAGGUCAAUUAUGGGCUGACAUAACUGCCGCAUCGCGCAGUCACAUUGUCAAGUGAACACACAAUAUUGACUGCAUCACACAGUCACGUAAAUACUCUAUGAGCUCUCUACUAGAUUGUUGCUCUCUACGAUAGUUUGCUCCUGUUUUUUCAUUGAAAAAAACUCUCAACCUCGAGGCCCAUUUUAUAGACGUAAUAGUCUAGACCCUUGUGAUAUUUAAGAAAGGAAAGGAGACUGAGGCCUAACCUCUGGAAAUUAUUCCGACUUUUUGCAGCGGUUUGUGGCGGGCCAAUAUCCGGUCGACAGGGUACCAUUCAAUCACCUUACUACCCUGAGUGGUAUCCGCCAAACACGAAAUGUACUUGGACAAUUUCCCUGCCACAGGUAUGUAAUGCGUAAUAAUGGGGGAUUUAGGCCAAAAAAUAUAUAUAUAUAAUUAAAGAAAUCUCUAUUGAAAAUGUCAGUGGAGGGGCCCCCGGGGCCCACCCCCCUUCUUUUUAGACCAAAAUGAGGCCUAAGGGCCGAAAAAAAAGUUUUCGGAGACCGCUCCUACCCCCGAAUUUUUCUCAGAGUCUGGAUGAUCGGUUGGAUUUUUGAUGCCAGCUGGUGUAGAAUAGGGUAGCAAAAUUACAGCUGACUAUGGUCUAGUAUACGGUAAAGGUCCCAUGGCCCUCUGGGCUCACAUAAUUAACUCCUCCUGUGCCAAGCCAUAAUUAAAACUUUUUCCUCCCCUAACACUGUUGGUUCUUCAAACAUGAUGUUCCGGUUAUGGGCAGCUAGUCUUCGCUAGCCAUGAUCAUACAAUUCGGGAGGAUGCGAAGCCAGGUGGAAGUGUAAAUCAGGGGUCAUUUUUUUCUGUUUUUGUAAUACCCGCUCUGACCAUUGGUCCGAAAUUUCCUCUUUGUAGUAUCGACUUCAAUGGUAAUGAGAGACGGGACCAUACAAAAUAGUCACACAGUAUUCUCUAUUUUUUUUCUUUAGCAUUUUAGGGUAGGGAUACGCUUCAAUGCGUUUGAUAUCGAAAGUCACCACAAAUGCCUGUAUGAUUACCUCCAAAUCUACGAUGGACCUGACGUAUCAUCUCCAGUCUUAGGAAGAUUCUGCGGAAAAUCUCUUCCCAACGAGCUAAAGAGUAACUCUAGUCAACUAACUAUUCAAUUCGCCUCUGAUGGAACUGUCAUGAAACCUGGAUUUUAUUUGGAAUUUUUCUCAGGUACUGCUUUUUGUCGCCCCAUAUAAGGUAAUCUAGGGUGCUUACCAUUGACAGAAAAAUCCGGUUGGGGUGUCGAAAGCAUAAUGGUAAGCGAUUUUCUAGUUUACGGCAGAAUUGCCACAUCCGUUACGGUUUGAAUCCAAAAAAGGGGCGAAUUUGUGUAGCGCGAGUCUAAAACCGAGAAGGAACCGAAAAGUGGUAAAUGGUAAGAAACAUUCCGUUUGGUUCGUACCAACCAGAAUGAACGGACUACCUCAAAACGUACUCCUCAAUUUUCGGUUGGAAUUUCCGAAAAGUGAACUUACCAUUUACCUUCCAUCCGGAAUUUCCGAAAUUUUAUGUCAAAUGGUAAGCACCCCUGGAUUAAUCCGGACUUCUGGACUUUGGAAUCAGUAAUUCAGCUCAAGGAAUCAGGACUCCACUAACGAUUGGAAUCCGGAAUUUAAGCUCCACUGAUUAGGAAACUAUAAUCCUGUACCUGGAAUCCAGAAUCCAAGAAUGUCUUGGUCUACUUUACAUGAGGCAAUUUUCUUCUUUUUUGUGUGUGUCUGUUUAGUUUGUUGGCUUGUUUCUGUUUGAACUUUACGUUAAAGCAAUACAAUUUAAGGACCGGGAAGAUAUCGAGCAAGAAGGCCUAUCUGGCAAUCAGCAAAGAAACUAUUUCUUUGUUGUUGACAAGACAGUACUCUAGUAUUCUAAAGAAGAGGAGCAAGCGUAUAUGAGUGAACAGAGCGCUGGACAAGCGGGAGUUCUCGGACUACUUUCCGCUCUAAUCACUAAAAUUAGUUAUUUCUCGGCUUUCCCCUAGUUCAAGCGUUGGCCAACUCUCGCUACAGUUUGCCUUCUGCCUCAUGCUUAACUUUGUUUUGUUCAUUCAGUUUUGGUUUACUUAUUCCAAUCGUUUGCUCGGCCCCUUUAAGCUUGUGUUAUGAACAGUGCCGUGGAAAAAUGAAGAUUUUUUCAGGUUGUCUCGCCAGUGCUUCUAUCACUAUCAUCUCGCUUCUUACGCCAGGUGUCUAUUUCCUCUUUUAGAGAUUAAUGAAUGCAGAAAAAACAAUGGCGGAUGUCAGCAAAUUUGCGAGGAUACCCUUGGUGGAUACCGCUGUGCAUGUAGGCCUGGUUAUGAACUCAGAUCGAACAACAAAGACUGUGAAGGUGAGACAGAGAGAGAGAAAGAGAGACAGAGAGUAACCUACGUUGAAAAAUAACAUAUACUUAUUCAAUUAUUUACAACAUUAAAAGAACACAGGGUUGGAGUAGCACGAAAGUGAUAUAACAAAAAAAAUGAAGCUUAGUAAUAAUAAUGAUAAUGAUCUGGAACUGCGGAUGUGUAUCUGUCAUCCCUAUCGUAACUGGAGCUUUUGGGAUUGUACGUAAACACCUAAGGAUGUGGAUAAGCAUGCUGGGAACACCUGGGAUCAUUGCAUUGCUCCAGAAAGCUUGUUUGUCGGGAAUAGCUAAGAUCCUAACAAGGACCCUAGACACUUAAGGCUAUAGGAGAUAGCUUGAUGCUUCGGGGAAUAAGGCCACCUAUAGGUGUCAGACAUGCACAUAAUAAUAAUAAUAGCAAUAAUGAUAAUAAGUAAUAAUGAUAAUAGUAAUGAUAACGAUUUUCGAGGUAGAACAUCCACACAGUGGCUCUUCGUGUACCUGAUUCCUCGUCGGUUCUCAAAAACCAAAUACGUACCCACAAAUCCUUAGAUCUACUAAGACCUAGAACCUUCUCACUCUCAAAAACUAAGGUUUUGUCAUCCCAAGAGGAGUUUAGGUGAUGUAGUUGUAAGACUCCCCGGGCUACCCUGUCUAUCAAAAAAUCUAUCUAAAAAAAAUGUCAAAGUAAGAAUGAGACCGAGAGUGUUUUAUAGAGGAGAGAGGAGAGGAGUAUAUAUAUUCAAACACAGCUUAGAUAAUCUGUGUAAAGGAAAAGAUGAAGUUUAAGUAAGUAAAAUUAAAAGCUUACUCCGUUACACCCUUGUCUUCCCUGUAAGUAAGAAAAAACUGUAUCUUUUAUUCGUCCUUGAUUGUUUUGUCAUUGUUCACCCAGCUGCAUGCGGUGGAACAUUAACAGCUCCAAAGGGCAACAUUACGUCACCAAGUUACCCGGAUGUCUAUCCCAGAAACAAACGCUGCCUUUGGAAGAUAACUGUACCCGACGGACAAAGAAUUUCGCUAACAUUUAAUCACUUCCAGUUGGAAGGAAAUGGAUAUGGGGUGAGCUUAUGGGGAAAAUGUCAAAUUAUUAAACCUGAAGUCGUUUUGUUUUGUUUUUUUUUUUUUCAUAAACCCGUAGUACUAGUGAACUUAAAUUGAGUUGUUUUCUUACCAAAAUGCGAUACGAGUACACGAACAUGUAGUUCUAUGUUGGCACUAAAAGUUCUUUGUGUGAUUUGAGAAACGUUUGUAGUACUUGAAGCGAACAUAUGGAGUUCAGACCAGGCUUACGGAGGGCUAAAGACAAUAGUGCAUUCUAAAACCGUCAACCCAAAAAGUGGACGCUGUCCCUUAACAUAGGUUUGUCGUUUACCGGAGGCUCCAACUGGAAGGUUUAGGCCGGUAAACCUUUUGCUGUUUUGGAUAGGUGUCUUCAAUCAAUUGGCGUCGCUUAUCGGAGUUAGUCAGUCGCUUACGACAGGUGGUCUUGCAUAUGGUAUAUAUUUGGCGUUUAGAUGAAACAGUUUUCAAUUUUCUUCUUCGUACCUUUCAGCCUGUAGGUUCUUAAUUAACUACCUUCUUAUAUGCGGGUUUUUACUUUAUUGGUACUGACUGAAUAUUGUGAAGGGGGGUAAUUGAACGUCGUGUCUUUCCUUUUUUUCUGAAAUUAUAAAUUGUGAUUUCAGACCAAAUUGCACUCCACUCAGUCCAAUUACUAUUAGUAAUGUAGUGUGAUAGGGCUUAGGGCUGUAUGAUAGGGCGUUUAUCGUUUGUCUCACAAUAAUGUCUUGGGUAUUGAUCGCGAAGUUUCGUCCACAUACUACUGGUCUUCAUCAAGUGAUGGUAUUGUUUCCGUUUCAUUUUGUUUUCUUUUAGGUAUGCCGUUACGAUUACGUCGAAAUAAUAGAUAAAGACGAUCAAGUUCUUGGCAAGUUUUGCGGUGGAAAAAUUCCCCAGACUGUAACAUCAUCGUCCAAUCUUAUGUGGGUGGAAUUUCGAUCUGACCACACCCAGUCAAGAGAGGGAUUUGUUGCUGAGUAUUACGCAGGUAACUAACAAUGAAAAUCACAAUGGAUAAUGGAACUAGGCACCCUCGCAUGCUUGUGAUAUUCUGGGCAGUGUGAAUAUCAACAAGCCUGCUUUUCCCUUGUCAAAGAAAUGUGACGAUUCUUUGAUAUGGGACAGAGUGGGUGUUUCAUAGAUAGUUUUUAAAGUGAAAUGUUUGUAAAACCCGUUAGACUCCUUUGUUGUAUGUUUUUGUUAGCUUUUUUGGACCUGACCGUGCACAACCUUAGCAUUCCUAUCAUUUUGAACUUACUGACCAAUAGAAACAUCGCAUUAAUAUAUUCAGUCAGAAUUUUUGAACAAAAUUAACAAAGGAUUGUGCACAGUCAGGGAGCUUCCAACAUAAACUACAGCACCGUUGUUUUCAACUUUGAUGCUUGCUGGCGUUCCUAACCAAUCUCCUCUACUAAGGGCCUGUUUACAUGGAGGUGGGGGACCCCAGGUAGGUGAGGUAACAUGUGGCGGGUCACCCCGCCUAACAUGUAAACGUGAUCACACUAAAAUUAGAGAUUAUAUGGAUAGGCGGGUUACCCCACCUAAGCGGGUUACCUCACCUACCUGGGGUCCCCCACCUCCAUGUAAACAGGCCCUUACUAAGGUGUAGCGGAGUCUUUUGUUGGUUAGUUAUUGUUUUGUCGGUGUGGUUAGUGUUCAGCGUCUUUUCAAUCCGUUGUAUUACGUCAUUGGGUGAUUGCAACCAUCCGCAACAUCAAGAAACUUUGAAAAGAGUUAACCUAGCUUAAAUUAAAUUCUUAGAGAAACUAUUCCACUUGAAAACAAGCUUCUUCAAACAAGCACCUUUGUCUGCUACCUUUUUUUUAAAUAAAGAUUUUUACAAUAAUUGUAUCAUUGGUCUGUAGACACUUUUAAACAAAAGUAAUGUUAAGUUGCAAAACAGAAAAAAAGGUGUGUUCAUCUUAUUCAUUUAAAAGCAGGUAUUUAUCAAUAAAUAUUUAAAUCUGUAAAUGCAAAGGGCACCCAGCUUGUUUAGCGCAGGGCCACGAGUUGUAGGGUAGAUAGCCCUUCGGAUCUUUCGAGACGCCGCACGCUUAUAAUGCUUCUUUAUAGAAGCAGAGGAACAGAGGCAGGAUUUACUAAGCAGUACUUUGGUCUCCCGACUCCAAAUUACCCUGCGCGCUGCAAACAGGGGCUUAAGCAAUGAUGACAGCAGAGGCAAAAAACGUCGCACAAAAAAGGCACUUGCCCUAUUUCAAACUUCUUCGCUUUUAUUCAGUCUCGAUCAAUUUGUCAAAUGUUGGGAAAUUUUUCUGGUGUUGAAUUCUAAAGGACUGUACAGACUGCAUCCAGACUCAGAAAAAGAAAAAGAAGAUCGUUGUCGCGGCACAGGACGAAUUUUAAACCGGUUGAAAAUUAUGCCUAGCCGUUCAAAAAUUUGCGCGCCAAAAUCGGGGUCAAGUUUUUCGCUGGUCGAAAAUUUGACCGGCCCGGCGUAAACACCAAAACUGUCAAAAUUUGUUUAAGGCAAUGGCAUGGUUGCAUGGAUGCGGAGAAAAUCAGCUGCAGGACGCCAUUUUUAAUCUGCUAAAGAAGCGCUCCGCGCAUGGGUAAUUUUUCAGCCGGUCAAAAUUCAUCCGGUGCCAUUGGAACGUUGACGUAGCCUAGGACGUUUCACAUCGUAGUCGUGUAAUGACAGCAAAGAAAUGUACAAAAAAGCGUGACGCACGUGCAAAAAUGUUACCGUUGUUGCUGUUGUUGUUUGAUUUUUUGUUUGCUUGCUAAUUGAAACCUUUUGCUAAAGAAGCGCUCCGCGCAUGGGUAAUUUUUCAGCCGGUCAAAAUUCAUCCGGUGCCAUUGGAACGUUGACGUAGCCUAGGACGUUUCACAUCGUAGUCGUGUAACGACAGCAAAGAAAUGUACAAAAAAGCGUGACGCACGUGCAAAAAUGUUGCCGUUGUUGCUGUUGUUGUUCGAUUUUUUGUUUGCUUGCUAAUUGAAACCUUUUGCUUUUUUACCGUUCUCGUUGCCUUCACCGUCGUCGAUUCGUAAACUCCCUGAUAGUGUAGUGAGGCGGGGUCGAGGUUUAUGUGAACGGCUUUGACACGGGCACGAAAAUCAACCACUAGAGCCUGCUCAAGCCUAUUCCAAAUAGCAACUUUUUACAGUGCCAUAUGGAAAGUCAAUAUAUGUUCUAUAUUAGUUUUUAACUCUGUUACUUAACUUGUAUGACUGUAUUAACAAGUGUUAAUUCCUUAUAAUUGAACACUACAUUGGUUUUGGUAGAUGAGGAUGAAUGCCAGAAUAGUAAUGGCGGAUGUCAGGAAAAGUGUGUCAACACUGUCGGCAGCUACAUCUGUUCUUGUAGAGAAGGGUUCGUGCUACAAAAUGAUAAACACAGUUGCAAGGAAGGUAAAAGAAUCUUUCUAGUUAAUUUGGUCUGCACCAGAUUUGACGGUUGCUUGCGCGCCCCCUUCUACCGAAGGAUGAAAUGUGCUCUACCCCCGCCCUUUCCCUAAUGUCGCAAUCAACUUAAUGCAGAUAUGAUUCUUACCAGUUAUGUAAACUAGCCUAAUGAGUGGUUCGGCAGAGAUGAAACCUGUGUCCACGACUCAUUCUUUGUGGAAGUCCAAACGAAGCUGGCUAUAUACGUGCCGUGGAUGAGCAAUAGCAACCUCUUUUCUUUUCCUCUUUUCUUUUUGUCAGUGACAAUCUGAUAAAAUCCAAAAGACGUUUAGUGACUGAGUUUGAUCUCAUUCAGCCAGAAUCUGCCUCCAUUACCUGGUUUCAAACGGAGGGGUAGUGGUAAGAGUCCAUUUAUUAUGAUAACAAAUCAUAGCCAGAAGGGUGCGUGGAGAUUUGGAAUGGCUGUAUCUCGUUUAAUAUUUACCUGAAAAACACCAAACUUGAGGAUCUUGUAAAGCUCGAUGCGUCCUUUCUCAAUAUGACGAUCUUGAGUUAAUAAUCCCCAAAUACACGGACUGGUACCAAGUCCCACUCGGUUUGAAAUAAGGCACGAUAUCAACCUUGCUACUUGUAACAAGACAGGGAUUUGACACACUGUGUUCAUUUCCGAUUACAGUGAAUCACUGUGGCGGUACUCUGAAUGCUCUAUCAGGGGAGAUCACCUCACCAAAUUACCCAGGAACUUACCGGUCAAACAGAGAUUGCACGUGGAAGAUUGUGAUUCCUGCAGGAAAUCACCUAGAGCUUACUUUUAAGGUAAGAUGCAGUAAACUUUUUCGUAGAUUUAUCAACUUUGUUUCUUUAGCUUAUCUCCUAAGCAGGAGUCAAAUCCGAUACUACUGAGCCUCAGGAUAGGAAACAGGAGACACCUGAUCGCAGUCCUAUCCUCUACGAAAAAAAAAGUAGAAAAAAAACGAGGAAUAUCAAAGGCAUGAAAAUCUUUUUUAACCCAGGGAAUCCGGAUUCUGGAAUCCGUGAAAUUUUUGGAAUCCUGGGCUUUGGAAUCCGGAAUCCGGAAUCCGGAAUAGAGGUCAAAGAAUCCGGAAUCCUAAAUCCAAGUUCCACUGACAAAGACUGAAAUCCAAGUCUGAAAUUCAGAAUCCUAGACCGUCUUGUAAUUCCUCACACGGGGCGAGCCCUGCCUUUUACAACUAAACCAAGUUAUGGCGAGAUUUUUUGUCACCCUAACUUUUAGAUCCUGUAGAGUGUUACCAAUGAGAAAAAAGGGAGCUUAGUGACCGGUCAUUAUUUAUCGCCCGGGGGGAGCGGAGGAUUUUGGGGGGGGUCACUUGAUUUUUGGGAGAAAAAAAGGGGGGAUCAGUCGUAACUGAGACCACUCAAAUUUGCUUGGAAAAUGAAGACAAAGCCCCCCCCCCAGGCGAGAAAAUGUUAUUAGGGCGGAUCACUUCACUGAAGUAACAUUCAAAGGGGGGAUCGGCUAAAUUUCACUUUGUCUAGCCUCAAAUCCUCCACCACAACCCCCAGGUGUUUUCCCUUAAGAAUUAUAUAAACUGAAUUAAAUUAACUUUUUGUUGUUGUGAAAUUUAAGCUGUUUUGUUUUUUUUUUCUAGACACUCUUGAGAUUGUACUUGGUCGGCAUGUUUAUUUUACAUUGUACAUUAUUUUAGUAACCUUGACCAUACUUACCAUGAGAUAAAUACAGGUCGUCACUUUAAGAACUAGGUAGAUAAGAAUUACGUUUUGAAACAACUACCUCUAUAAAACCAAAAUACUGAGCUCUUACCAAGAGAUGUGCUUUGUGUAGUUUAGUUGUGUAACAUAAACACUGGAUUAGUUUUAUCUGCUCUCAAACUGAGGGAAAGUCACCUUUGUUAUUUGUUUCCUUUCUCCACUUCGAACUUAGUUGUAAAGCUACACCAAGCUUACAGCUCAAGUUGUGCUUUGAAGAAUCUUACCAAGUAACAAGAUCGGGAAAGAAAUCCCUUCCGUCGGCUACACCUUUCCAUAAAAAGUUCUUCGGACAGCUUGGCUGUAGCCUGUGUAGCCUUGUGCUAGCGCAAGAACUUAUAAACUGGUACAAGAAAAAAUAACAAUAAACGAGCCUCAAUCCAGAGAUCUAGAGACCCGGAUAGUGAGUAAUUAAAAUUACACCUUUUUGUUCCGACACAUUUCCUUGGUAGUAUAGAUGAAUAUAGAUACGACAAAAUUUAAACUAGUCAGAAAUUUUUUUUCAAGAAAUGAGUCGACUGAUUUAAUGUUUAUUUUACAGGAAAUAGAUAUUGAAGAACGCAAACAAAACAAAUGUCCAUCUGACUACGUUGAGGUGUUCUCUGGCUCUGGGAAACAUAGCAAUAGUCUUGGAAGAUUUUGUGGGAAGCAGCGUCCUAAGACACUGAUAUCACGAACUCACAAAAUGGCAGUCAAGUUCCGCUCCGACAAAAAGGUGAACGCUAAAGGAUUUAGAGCGGAAUAUAAAGCAGGUAAAUUUUAUCAUCACCAUCAUCAUCAUCAUCAUCAUCAUCAUCUUCUGUGACCUGUAAGGCCACAUUGGUCCAACAUGCAACCGCGGUUGAACAUCUGAGAAGCUAUUCUUUUAUUCAUAUUCUAUUAUAAUUUUUUUAAAUUGUAUUAAAUUAUGUUCGGCUUCAUUUCAUACACCACAGAGUAUAAAAGGGUAGUUCGUGCAAAUAUUUAUUUCAAUUAGUUUUUUUUCUCAAUUUGGGUCCUCCCGCUUAAAAUGCCCGAACAAUUUUUUUCAAAAUUGUCAGGGUGCCGAUCGUCGACAACUUCACGUACGACUUAAAGGCUUUUACUGAUCCCAAGAAUGGUGAUAGUUAAAAAAUAGUAAACCAACAUAGUAUUUGCAAAAUAACCUUUACAAACUGUUUUAAGAAACUCUGGUCAUAUUUUAUUACCACGGGUCAAAGUCUAACCUAGUCCCUAGUGUUCUUGAGACUUUCAAAAUGGCGGCAACGAGAAGUGGGUUUCUGUUUCUGGGAAUUCAUAUUUAACCAUUUUUGGUAAUCCCGAAAUGAAUAAGGGUUUGCACUGGUUAAAGAUUUUUGUCGUCGAUACGGAAAGUUGUCGGCAAGAAAACGAAAAUAUUGAGUUUAAGGGGCAAGUUAUAGUUAAAACAAGAAAUAACUGAUUAUUAACAAGCAACAAUAAUUUCUAAUGGCUCAUGCUGCAAAAUUGACUUCUUUCUGUUUGUUUCACACUAUGAAAGUCAAAUCAACUAGCUGAUAUAAGGGGGGGGGGGGGCUCCGUAAGGUCGCAGUUAAGUGCUUUACUCAAGUUGGAAGUCAAAUUUUUAGGUCUAAUCGGCUUUGAAAGAAGAUGGCUACUUGUUAUCUAUAUUUGUACAAACUCGUGCGCGAACAUUCGCAAACCCAGCCACUCCCCAAGGUAGUAUGUCAGAUCUAAUUUCUCAAAAAAAAUGCGACCUGUCCUACUGGAAACUUGUAAUUUAUCUUUGUCAAAAGCAAAUUAAAACAUAAAACCCUUUAAGAGGGACUAGGAUCAGUUUUCUCCUAACAUCACUAGUACGUUAUUAAGAGAAACGAUUAUGAAAAUUGAUGGAAUGAUCACCAAAUGGAAAAUGGUUUAAAGUAACUUUAAUUAUAUUCUAACAACUUCUUUACGGAAUUAGAUGGAGAUUAUUCUGGAAAAUUUGCAUGUGGAUUUUGAGGUUUGAAGAGAUAAAUCUUCCUUAUUUUGUCUCUACAGAAUGCGGUUCUCAACUUCACGCCUCAAGCCAGAAACGCCAGUUCGUCUCCCAUCCCAGUUAUGGAGACGAUAACUACAAAUCAAGUCAUCAUUGUCUUUGGCUGUUAACUGCCAGAUCAGGUCAUGUGAUUUUUCUUCGAUUCAAAUCAUUUGACGUGGAACACGAGAGGAAUUGUGGGUAUGAUUACGUGGAAAUUUAUGAUGGAAGCAAUAGUACCUCGCCAAAGCUUGGAAAAAUAUGUGGGUCGGAAUCGCAAGUCUUUCCCCGCUUAUUUAUGUCAAGCGGAAAUCGGAUGUUUAUCCAGUUCCGAACGGAUCUGACCAACCAAAAGAAAGGUUUUGUCGCGGAGUAUUCGAGGUCACGUAAAAAAAACAGGAGAAAGUCUUAA